UGGCUUCUGUGAGCUGAUCUUUGUGCGAACGAAGGAGCGGAGCGGUCGCAGUUAGCUACCCACAGCAAACACACUCAGAAACGGCGGUGGGACACCGAUUUGGGGCCUGAAAACAAACUCAUCUGACGGUUACACAGUGACAGCGACUGCCUUAAAAUGGUCAUCUGGUGAAGAGUGCUGAAGCUUUUAGGUGGAGGAGUGGCAGACAGCGCCACCCAGGCGUGCAGCGUGGGACCGCAUCCCGCCUCACACAGCCAACAACCAACUUCCCGAGGCGCCGCCACUGCCACCCCCCCCUCCCCAGAUGGACUUCAGACUCUGAGAGCAAAGCGAGGCAGUCGGGACCGAACUCAAGAGAAGGAGAGGAGGUGCGGGGGGAGGAGCACACGCUCGCUGGAGCAGGAAAGGGAGGGCAUUGGUAGGGAGCGGAGAGGACACUGAGCUCCGCCACGAUGUCGUCCAACAGGACCCAGAACCCCCACGGACUGAAACAGAUAGGCCUGGACCAGAUAUGGGAUGACCUGCGGGCUGGCAUCCAGCAGGUGUACACGCGGCAAAGCAUGGCCAAGUCCCGCUACAUGGAACUCUACACACAUGUAUAUAAUUAUUGUACCAGCGUCCACCAGUCCAGCCAGGGCCGGGGCUCCGUGCCUCCAGCAAAGCCCUCCAAAAAGUCCACCACUCCAGGCGGGGCUCAGUUUGUAGGCCUGGAGCUCUACAAGCGGCUCAAGGAGUUCCUGAAGAACUAUCUGACAAGCCUACUCAAGGAUGGCGAGGAGCUGAUGGACGAGUGUGUGCUGAAGUUUUACACCCAGCAGUGGGAGGACUACCGUUUCUCCAGUAAGGUCCUCAACGGGAUCUGUGCCUACCUCAACCGUCACUGGGUCAGACGAGAGUGUGACGAGGGACGCAAGGGCAUCUACGAGAUAUACUCACUGGCACUUGUGACCUGGAGGGAGUGUUUAUUCCGACCCCUCAACAAACAGGUAACAAACGCCGUUCUGAAGCUGAUAGAGAGAGAGAGGAACGGUGAGACCAUCAACACCCGGCUGAUCAGUGGUGUCGUCCAGUCUUAUGUCGAGCUGGGCCUGAACGAGGAGGACGCCUUCGCCAAAGGCCCCACGCUCUCUGUGUACAAGGAGUACUUUGAAUGCCAGUUCCUCACUGACACGGAACGGUUCUACACGCGUGAGAGCACAGAGUUCCUGCAGCAGAACCCCGUCACAGAGUACAUGAAGAAGGCGGAGGCCCGUCUCCUGGAGGAGCAGCGCCGUGUGCAGGUUUACCUCCACGAAUCCACCCAGGAUGAACUGGCCAGGAAGUGUGAGCAGGUCCUCAUCGAGAAGCACCUGGAGAUCUUCCACACCGAGUUCCAGAACCUCCUGGACGCCGACAAGAACGAAGACCUGGGCAGGAUGUACAACCUGGUGUCCCGGAUCACCGACGGUCUCGGCGAACUGAAGAAACUUCUAGAGACCCACAUCCACAACCAGGGCUUGGCUGCCAUCGAGAAGUGCGGCGAGGCUGCGCUCAAUGACCCCAAAGUGUACGUGCAGACCACCCUGGACGUCCAUAAGAAGUACAACGCUCUGGUCAUGUCCGCUUUCAACAACGACGCCGGCUUCGUCGCCGCGCUCGACAAGGCCUGCGGUCGCUUCAUUAACAACAACGCCGUCACCAGGAUGGCUCAGUCAUCCAGCAAGUCUCCCGAGCUGCUGGCCAGAUACUGCGACUCGUUACUGAAGAAGAGCUCCAAGAACCCCGAGGAGGCUGAGCUCGAGGACACUCUGAACCAAGUGAUGGUUGUGUUCAAGUACAUCGAGGACAAAGAUGUUUUCCAGAAGUUUUACGCCAAGAUGCUGGCCAAACGUCUCGUCCACCAGAACAGCGCCAGCGACGACGCCGAGGCCAGCAUGAUCUCCAAACUCAAGCAAGCGUGUGGCUUCGAGUACACGUCCAAACUGCAGCGAAUGUUCCAGGACAUCGGAGUCAGUAAAGACCUGAACGAGCAGUUCAAGAAACACCUGACCAACUCUGAGCCUCUGGACUUGGACUUCAGCAUCCAGGUUCUGAGCUCCGGCUCGUGGCCGUUCCAGCAGUCCUGCACCUUCGCUCUGCCCUCAGAGCUGGAGCGAAGCUAUCAGCGCUUUACGGCGUUCUACGCCAGCAGGCACAGCGGCAGGAAGCUCACCUGGCUCUACCACCUGUCCAAGGGAGAGCUGGUCACCAACUGCUUCAAGAACAGGUACACGCUGCAGGCCUCCACCUUCCAGAUGGCCAUCCUGCUGCAGUACAACACGGAGGACAGCUACACGGUGCAGCAGCUCACCGACAGCACGCAGAUCAAAACUGACAUUUUGGUUCAAGUUCUUCAGAUCUUGUUAAAGUCGAAGCUGCUGGUUCUGGAGGACGAGAACGCCAACGUGGACGAGGUGGAGUUCAAACCCGACACCGUCAUCAAACUUUUCCUCGGAUACAAAAAUAAGAAGCUGAGGGUGAACAUCAACGUGCCGAUGAAGACCGAGCAGAAACAGGAGCAGGAGACGACUCACAAGAACAUCGAAGAGGAUCGAAAGCUUCUCAUCCAGGCUGCCAUAGUGAGGAUCAUGAAGAUGAGGAAGGUCCUGAAGCACCAGCAGCUCCUGGCUGAAGUCCUGAACCAGCUGUCAUCCCGGUUCAAACCCCGAGUCCCCGUCAUCAAGAAAUGCAUUGACAUCCUGAUCGAGAAGGAGUACCUGGAGCGAGUGGACGGCGAGAAGGACACGUACAGCUACCUAGCCUGAGCCCGCCCUCCCCCCGCCCACCUGCCCGCCUGUCGCCGCCGGCUCUCCUUAGUUUAAUUUUAAUUUACAUCUUUAUUUUUUCCCUUUUUUUCUUUUUUAAUUUUAUGUCUGAGAAAUAAAGUGUGGAUCCCUCUGAGCGUGACCGCCCUCAUAUGACAGCCACCAAACCCAAGGAGGGGGAGGGGCUGCUCCCUCCGCUCCCCCCGUUGAGACCGGGAAACCCCCUUCUACACGCUCGCCCGUCCCUGUCCUAUCCGUGCGACUCGAACGCUCACUUCCUUGUUGUCAUACUGUAAAUAACGACCACGGACUGAGAGGAAUAAACAAGCCCCGCCCUCCCCCCUUUACAUUAGCGUGAUGACUUAGCCUACAGCCAAUCAGAGGAGAGCCGCAUCCAAAGGUUUCUGCAUGCUACUGCCUACCUGCGCCACAGCGACCACGAAAAAGAUUCACACGUAAGCAUAAAGAGUCGAGUCGCCCAGGCCACCGACGCAGCCCACCGCACGACUAUCGAAUCGACGCCGGUCCUGUAACUUAAAGUCCGCCACUGCAUCGAGGGAGGAAGAGGAGGAGGAGCUGCUGAGGUCGCGUCAGAGCGAGGCUGGCGGGUUCGAGCAGGAGUCUCUUUACUGAACGGUGGACAUUUGUAUAGUGUGGUUCAUUUUCUAAAUGUGUGAUGAAUAAAAACCAGGAAAGAUUUCUCUAA